CCGGGACCCUGUAAAGAUGUCUGAGCAGGCGGGGAGGGAGCGGAGCGGAGCACCCGAAAUAAGCGCACAGAAUCUCAACUGUCCGGAAUUAAAUCGGUGAAGGCAGAUCCAUGUCAUUCUGACGAGCAGCGGAAAUGUCCAGUGACAGCCAGGGAUCGGUGAAGGGGGAGGCGGCCAUGAUUCUGUCUCCCUCUGGCUCUGCCUCCUCUCAGGGGCCACCCCCAUCUCCAUCUGCAAUCGCCAAACCACCUGAGCUUCCAGAUGAACUGGUCCAGGCGGGCUGGUCUAAGUGCUGGUCUCGGAGGGAGAACCGUCCGUAUUAUUUCAACAGAUUCACCAAUCAGAGCCUGUGGGAGGUCCCAGUGCUGGGUCAGCAUGAUGUCAUUUCAGAUCCUUUAGGUCUGAACGCUGCUCCUGCAGAGGGUGGAGACAACAACCAUGGCAAUGGACAGAGGAAGAGGCGGAGCUCUGAGGAGCAGGGAGUGGGGCCUAACAGCCUCAAAAGAACAAAGGUGGAACCAACCACACCCAUCUCUCCCAGCACACCUGGGCUCAAACCCUGGAGCUCCGCCCCUGAAGACAAACAAACGCAAUCAGCCACACCCACAACCCCGAGUCCAGCCCCCGCCCCCUACAGACCGUCAGUGAUCUACUGGGAUCUGGACAUUCAGACCAACGCCGUGAUCCGAGAACACGCCCCCGCCAACCUCCUGCCCCCCCACCCUGAGAUCGAACUGCAGAGGGCGCAACUGGUCACCAAGCUGAGGCAACACUACCACGAGCUGUGUUACCAGAGAGAAGGUAUUGAUCCUCCCCGUGAGUCGUUCAACCGUUGGUUACUGGAGAGGAAAGUGAUUGACAAAGGUCACGACCCUUUACUGCCCAGUGACUGUGAGCCUGUUAUUUCCCCGUCCAUGUUCAGGGAAGUGAUGAACGACAUCCCCAUCAGACUAUCUCGUAUUAAGUAUAAGGAGGAGGCCCGGAAGCUUCUCUUCAAAUAUGCUGAAGCUGCAAAGAAGAUGAUUGACUCCAGGAACGCCAGUCCAGAGAGCAGGAAGGUGGUGAAGUGGAACGCUGAGGACACGAUGAGCUGGCUGCGCCGAGAUCACUCUGCCAGUAAAGAGGACUACAUGGACCGGCUGGAACACCUGAGGCAGCAGUGUGGUCCUCAUGUCACUGCAGUCGCCAAAGACUCAGUGGAAGGAAUCUGCUCCAAGAUUUACCAACUGUCAGCAGAAUACAGCCGCCGCCUGAGACACACCCACCUGAGCCUGCUGCAGGACCCGCCCCCUACAGAGGCGUGUCCGUCGCCGCAGCAGCCCCGCCUCGUCUACUGUUACCCCGCGCGUCUGUCUGUCUCGUCGCCGCCGCUCCCUCGUGUCGAGCUGCACUUUGAGAACGACGUGGCGUGUCUGCGCUUCAGAGGAGAAAUGGUCAAAGUGAACAGAGGUCAUUUCAGCAAACUGGAGCUCCUGUACAGGUACAGCUGUAUCGACGACCCUCGCUUUGAGAAGUUUCUGUCCAGAGUCUGGUGCCUGCUGAAGAGAUACCAGGAGAUGUUUGGCAGUGGUGCUAAUGAAGGGACAGGCCUGCAGGGGGCGCUCCCUGUGACGGUGUUUGAGGCGUUGAAUCGACAGUUUGCCGUUUCCUUCGAGUGUUUCGCUUCGCCGCUCAACUGCUACUUCAAACAGUUUUGCUCCGCCUUCCCAGACAUCGACGGCUUCUUUGGAUCCAGAGGGCCCUUCCUGUCCUUUGCUCCGGUCAGCGGCUCGUUUGAAGCCAACCCACCGUUCUGUGAGGAGCUGAUGGACGCCAUGGUGACGCACUUUGAGGAACUGUUGGACCAGUCGUCGGAGCCUUUGUCCUUCAUCAUCUUUGUUCCUGAGUGGCGUGACCCCGUGACCCCAGCUCUGACCCGCAUGGAAGGAAGUCGUUUCCUCCGUCAUCAGCUGAAUGUCCCGGCCUACGAACACGAGUAUCGCUCUGGAAGUCAGCACGUUUGCAAAAGAGAUGAGAUGUAUUACCGCGCUGCCCACGGCACGGCCGUCCUCUUCCUUCAGAACAACGCAGGUUUCACGAAGUGGGCUCCGACUCCAGAGCGUCUGGCCGAGUUGACGGCGGCGUUCCGCCCGUCCUCACUCCGGACCUCCUCCUUGUCCUCUCCUGGCCCCGCCCACAUCUCUCCUGAGAACAAAGACUCCACCACAAUGACCUGUGAUAGGACGCAGAGCAGCGUGAUGUCACCAGAGAUUCAUGACGGCAACAACAACAACAACAACAACGACAGUGGCAGCAGUCCUCAAGACAAGAUGGCCGCUGUGUAGGGAGGCGGAGCUUGUAGUGUGACCAGGCAGUUUUCGUUUCACUCGUUACUUUGCUCUGGUCGUCAACUUGUCUGUUCAGAUUGUUCCUCACCAGCACCUGUAGCCCCUCCCACUUCUCCUGCAACACGCCCACCUCUCUGUUCUUCACUCUGAUUCGUCCUGACUCUCCUGGACUCUUCUGAUUGGUUGGGGCUCUGACAUCACUGCAUCUGGAGCCUCAGGUAUGUUUGCAGAGUAAAGAGGGAGGAGCUCCAGCAAUAAAGACCUCUUCACUCUGUGACAUCACAGAGGAUUUGUGAUUGGUUGAUAAGGCAGCUAUCCAGUGACGUCCUGCUCUCAGGCCCCACCUCCUCAUGAUGGCUUGGCCAAUCAGUGCAAUUGCUCCUGCAGAGGUGCAUUGUGGGAAAGGGUAUUCAGCAGACAAGAGGAGCUGGAGCAUCCACAGAGAGGUGGGAGUGGGUGGAGUUAGAAUGUUGACUGACUGACAGACGUUUUCCAGUCGCCCCAAAGUACCACCACUUCCUGGAGGCGGGACCAGUGAUGGCUCGUGUGAUUGGCCGUCUGUAGAUAGUGUACAGUGAUGUCCUUAUCUUUGUCUGUUUUUUUUAUUUCAAUAAUUUAACUUUUUUUUUAAAGAGAAGCUUCGUUUGAACUAAACCAAAGGGUCGAAGGUCAAAAGUUUAACUGUAGAAAAGCUGUUUUUAUCUCUGCAUGAACACAAAGAAGACAAACUGCAGACAAACGCUGUCUCCAUGACAACUGUCGGUAAACAUCUGUAACCCUGUUUGUCUCCAGUUUGUUGGUGGUUCACUGGUAACCAUGACAAUGUAUCAACUGCAGAAUGUAAAUAAACAAUAUGUCCUUCGUCUGCAGGUGAACUGCAGCUUAGUAAAAUAUAUUCAACCAGU